GCCGCUCCAUAUUCUCUUUCCCCGAGUGCUAACAAUCAGAAAAAUGUUGAGGAGUCGCUGACCUUGCACUUACCUCGCCGAUGUUGAUUAUUCCCUUUCACACAACACAACACAACCAUAACCAUAACCAUUACCAUUACCAUUAAUUGCUAUACAUAUAUUUAUUAUAAUUAGUAAUUUACACAAGAGUUUCUUUGGACGCAAUCGCCCUUUCCUUUUCUCCAUUGUUUUUCCUUUUUUCAGUGUGUCCAUCUAUGAUAUGAUAUGAUACAUAUAUAUAUGAUAUAUGUCAGGUGACGGAUCGCGUCAAAAACACUGCCUUGAUCCUCUUGCUAUAUAAAACCAAUCCAGCAGCGGCGCAGGACAACAACUCAGGUCCGUCCGAAAGAAGCCUUCCCUUCCAGUUGCUGAACCUGCUGCUGCUGCUGCUCAUCGAUCAUCAAUAGGCUCUCAUUAAUAUCAUUGAGGUGCAAAGGAUUUUCACACUCAUGAAUUAACAUUAGGAAUAUCCUUUACAAGAAAGGUGGAGAUGGCUUUUCUCCUAAACACCCACAGGCGUUGGUCAACAAUGAGUUCUAUCUGGUUUUGCCUUUUGGUCGUAUUGUUUGUGCAACAUUGUCAACCAACAGCUUCAAGCGCAACAUAUUUGGUUGGACUGGGGAGCUAUGACAUUACAGGACCUGCUGCUGAUGUCAAUAUGAUGGGAUAUGCUAAUAUGGAGCAAAUUGCUUCUGGAGUUCACUUUCGACUACGAGCUCGGGCGUUUAUUGUUGCUGAGCCAGGCCCAGGGGGGAAGCGCGUAGUGUUUGUCAAUCUUGAUGCUUGCAUGGCAUCACAAAUUGUCACGAUUAAGCUGCUUGAAAGAUUGAAAUCAAGGUAUGGUGAUCUCUACACUGAGCAAAAUGUGGCUAUUAGCGGUAUACAUACUCAUGCUGGACCUGGGGGUUACCUUCAGUAUAUUGUCUAUAUUGUCACAUCUCUUGGAUUUGUUCGCCAAUCAUUUGAAGUCAUUGUGAAUGGUAUUGAGCAAAGCAUUAUACAAGCUCAUGAAAACCUGCGCCGAACUGUUUAUGUAAAUAAAGGAGAACUACUUGAUUCUGGUAUCAAUCGCAGUCCUAGUGCCUACCUCAAUAAUCCUGCUGCCGAGCGAAGCCGAUAUAAGUAUAAUGUUGAUAAAGAAAUGACUCUUCUGAAGUUUGUAGAUGAUGAGUGGGGACCAGUUGGUGCUUUUAACUGGUUUGCAACUCAUGGGACAUCAAUGAGUCGGACAAACUCUCUGAUUAGUGGUGAUAACAAAGGUGCUGCUGCACGGUUCAUGGAGGACUGGUUUAAGCAGAAGGGUCUUGAUGAAAUCGACAUUGUAUACCCUGAGGAAUUAGGCACUGAGAGGAUAAAUGAAGGCUCUCCACGGAGAGUGUCUACCAUAAUACCUCAGCUACAUAAUAGCGUUGAUGAGUUAAAACAAACUGCAUCCUCCUUCCAGGCAUCUGGUGGUAGGCGAGUGACUAGGUCCCUUAGUGCCACUCGCCGUCUGCGGAGUUCUUUCAGACAGGGUAAUAGACCAAAAUUUGUCUCUGCAUUUUGUCAAUCGAACUGUGGAGAUGUUAGUCCAAAUGUGCUUGGAGCAUUCUGCAUUGAUACUGGACUUCCUUGUGACUUCAACCACAGUACCUGUAGUGGAAAGAAUGAACUCUGCUAUGGCCGAGGCCCUGGUUACCCAGAUGAGUUCGAAAGCACACGCAUCAUUGGAGAAAGGCAAUUUAGGAAAGCAGUUGACCUGUUCAGUGCAGCAUCUGAGCAGAUAAAAGGAAAAGUUGAUUAUCGUCAUACUUAUUUAGAUCUUUCUCAACUUGAGGUCACUCUUUCUUCAAGUGAUGGAAGUAAAAGUGUGGUGAAGACAUGCCCUGCGGCUAUGGGAUUUGCAUUUGCUGCAGGAACUACUGAUGGUCCCGGUGCUUUUGAUUUCCAGCAAGGGGAUGACAAGGGUAAUGCAUUUUGGAAAUUGGUGAGGAACUUACUGAAAACUCCCAGUAAGGAGCAAGAAGAUUGUCAGUACCCAAAGCCAAUUUUGUUAGAUACUGGUGACAUGAAGGAACCAUAUGACUGGGCGCCUUCAAUUCUUCCAAUUCAAAUUAUAAGGAUUGGACAGCUUGUCAUCCUCUGCGUACCUGGAGAAUUUACGACUAUGGCUGGGCGACGCCUUCGAGAUGCUGUACGCACUGUUCUUACUAGUGGCAGCAAUGGUGCGUUUGACAAAAACAUCCACAUUGUUAUAGCUGGUUUGACAAAUUCAUACUCCCAGUAUGUUACCACUUAUGAAGAGUAUCAGAUCCAAAGAUAUGAGGGAGCUUCCACAUUGUUCGGACCACACACACUUGAUGCAUACAUCCAGGAGUUCAAAAAACUUGCAGCAGCGCUGGUUGGUGGGCAGAGUAUCUCAACAAGUCUACAGCCACCUGACCUUUUGGAUAAACAAAUUAGUCUCCUCCCUGGUGUUGUCCUCGACUCAACUCCUGUUGGUGUGAAAUUCGGUGAUGUGAAGAUUGAUGUCCCUCUGAAUUCUACAUUUAAACGUGGGGACAUGGUGACUGCAACAUUCUGGUCUGGCUGCCCAAGGAAUGACCUCAUGACAGAGGGGACGUUCUCCUUGGUGGAGGUUCUACGUGGUACUGAUACCUGGGCUCCAGCAUAUGACGAUGAUGAUUUCAGCCUGCGUUUCAAAUGGUCUAGGCCUGGGAAGCUGAGUCCUGAGAGCUAUGCAACCAUAGAAUGGCGAAUUCCUGAAAUUGCUGCGUCAGGUGUCUAUAGGUUGCGACAUUUUGGUGCCUCCAAGAGCUUGUUUGGGUCAAUUAAACAUUUCACAGGAGCAUCCCGGGCAUUUGUUGUGCUGUAAUAAUGGAUUAUAUUAGCAGGUUUGAAUGCUGCCUGUGUGCUUUAUAGUUUAUACUAUAUAUAGCCUUGUCCUUGUCUUUAUAAAAAAAAAAUUGAGUUGAGUGUUUUCUUGCGACGGAGUCUGUAGUUGAUCACUUACUUCAUUGGGCUGUGGUCAACUUUUCUCCUCAUGUAUUUAUUUAUGAUUUCAGUUUUCAGGGGCUGAGCUUGUGUUAA